AUGGAUACCCUCGUAGCCAGGUACAGUCGCCCGACUGCCUUUCACAAUGAGACCUUUGCAGACGAAGAGCAAGAAGAUCUCCAGAAUGAUGUCGCCCCGGGCCUAUCUCUCAAAUUCGCUAUGCCGCCUGUAGCCCAACCCUCAGCAUGGCUCCGUGCAGCAACCGACGACCGCUCAAACCCCGAUUGUCCCAUUAAGAUCGCGCACGGUACAACAACCCUCGCUUUCCGAUUCCAGGGCGGUAUCAUCGUAGCGACAGAUUCUCGAGCUACGGCCGGCAACUGGAUCGCCUCCCAGACCGUCAAGAAGGUCAUCGAGAUUAAUAACUGCCUAUUGGGCACUAUGGCCGGUGGUGCUGCCGACUGCCAAUACUGGCUCGCCUGGUUAGGCAUGCAGUGCCGCCUACACGAGCUACGUCACAAGCGCCGCAUCAGCGUCGCCGCAGCUUCCAAGAUUCUCGCCAACCUCGUCUAUCAGUACAAGGGCAUGGGUUUGUCUAUGGGAACCAUGUGCGCCGGUGUCACCAAGGAGGAGGGCCCCGCUCUCUACUAUAUCGACUCCGACGGAACCCGGCUUGCCGGAAACCUGUUCUGUGUUGGUUCCGGUCAGACAUUUGCCUACGGUGUACUCGAUGCAGAGUACCGCUACGAUUUGAACGAGGAGGAUGCUCUAGAACUAGGCCGUCGGAGUAUCCUGGCUGCUACGCACCGAGAUGCGUACUCGGGUGGUUUCAUCAACUUGUACCACGUCAAGGAAGAGGGUUGGGUCAAGCAUGGCUUCAACGAUACGAACCCGAUAUUCUGGAAGACGAAGUUAGAGAAGGGCGAGUUCACCAACGUUACCAGCUCCCUGGACUAA